GUUGCGGCGACGGCCAAUAUGCCGAUCUUUCUCUUCCUCUUCUCUCUCUCGAUAAUUAAAUUUCCCGCUAAGCGAGCGAGGAGAUAAUCUCCUUGUCUGUCAUCUCCCCGCGCCGGUUAAUCAGUCAGACCGCAGAGAACAGAAUUCUGGGGGGAUGCUCUAUCCUCCUGGGGUGGCGAGCAAAAGAGAGAAAAGAGGCUUUCAGGUGCGCAGCGCAAACACAGGUGCGAAUUUAAUGCAGACGCAGGAUCGGGUGUACGCGGUCGGUAGUUCCGGCGGGUACGGGACUUCCUCUUCCGCCGAAAUAAACAGCCGCGCAACCGAGGAUCGGAGCGAUGAUAUCGGGUUCGAUCGCGAAAAGAUCGGUUCGCUUAAUUCCGAGCGAUUGCUCAUCGUCCGCUAUUCCCGCCGGUUUGGAAAAGACUCGCGGAAUAUUAGCGCGAUCUCGGACGGCCGGGCUCACCGUUCACUGGGCAACGAUGAUCGCCGGCAGCGGCAUUGCGAGCCAGUGAUCGCCUCGUCGAGGACCACCCGGUCGCUCUCUCGAGUCUCUCACACCUACGGUAAUGCUAUCUGGGCGAAAAUAUAAUAUAUCGGCCGAUCGCGGGAUCGAUCGCUGAGUGAGCGAUUAGUAUCCCGUGUCGUCCUCUCUCUCUCUCUCUCUCUCGCUCGCUCGACAAGGGCCGCAACGCAUAUACGUGUCGCGCGCGCUGUCAGUCUGCCGCGAGAGCUGGCCCAGUACGGACACGACAAGGGAUGCAAGCGAGAGUGUGUUGCCAGUGUCGCGAUAACUGUCAAUGGAAAUACAUCUCUUCGUAAACUGCGCGCCUGUCUCUCUCUCUCUCUCUCUGUGAGUGUGUGUGGGUGCACGUGGUCGUGGCUCAUUGACGACGAGCGACCGAGGCUGCCGAUUUUUCGAGCUUUUUCGGAGAAAAGCUCCCCCCAAGAGAGCUUGCCGCGAUAUGACGGAGCCGAGGCUGCCGCUGCCUCGCGGUUGCCAGGACAACCAGAGGGGCUGGACCAGCGCAUCUCGAUAGGCCGGCCCGCGGUUCGACCCGAGAGAGAGAGACUCGUACACACGCGUAUAAACAUAGGAUAGCUGAAGCGAGAGAGAAGUCGCGCGAGUGUGUGCGUAUACCGGUGCGUAGCCGGUUGCGCUCGCGCAGUGCUCGAGCGAGGCUGAGGGGAUGUUCCUAAGGGAGGCUGACGAUCAGAAUUUCGUCGAGAUGGAGUUUCUCCAGAGCCAUCAUUCCGCCAACAACUCCGAGUCGCCCUAUACUCUCGGCGCCGGCUCAGUUGGAAGCAUCGAGGCAAGCAUACCGUCGGCUCUGUGCUCGGGCUCGUUGGCCGGCGAGGACGAGGCCGAGCAGCACCAUCGAGCUCAUGCCGAGAACAGCUUAGCCGGACUGCAGGCACUAGAGGACGAGGCCGUACAGCAGCAACAGAUUCAGUCCAACGGCACCGCCGGCGCUGCUGGUGCUCAGGGCCAGCUGAUCGGCGAAUUCGGCAGCAGCUUCUGGGUCGACGACAUGGCCGGAUUCCCGCUGCCGCCGCUUGACCUCGAUCCCCUGCCUCCUGGGCUCUUCAGUCCCUGUUCCGGGACUUACAACAGUUGGGGUUGCGCAAGGGGCGACUGCCUGCCUCGACCCGGCAACAUCAACGGCGAGGGUAUGGCCGACGUCCUGCUGUCCCUGAAGCACGCGGUGGUCCACCCGGCCAGUCCCACCGGAGGCUACUACUCCACGAGCGGGAUACCGUCGCACGCGUACUCGCCCCAGGACUACGGGCAGAAUCUCGCGGCCGCCGCUGCUGCCUCUCAUUACGCCCAGGCGCCUGCCAUGUCGGUCAAUGUUUCCAUGAACAUGACGAUGAACAUGAACAUGCAUCCUGGUUACGAGCAGAACUACACAGGCGCGUGGGGCGUGGAGCCGUUGCUGAGUCCCGCCCCCCAGUACGCCGGGAUCGAGCAGCAGCAGCAACAGCAGCAGCAGCAGCAGCAGAGGGUGAACCAGGCGGCGGCCAAUAGCCUCGCAGCGGCGGCCGCGGCCGCCACCUCCUCCGCUCACCCCCAGCCUCACCACCACCACCACCACCACCACCAGCAGCAGCAGCAGGAGCAUAACCAGCAACACCAACACCCCCAGCAGCAGCAGCAACAGCCGCAAGGGGCUGGUGCCGAGCUCGUCGCUGGGCCCGGACUGACCCCCGGGGCCCUCGGUCCUCAGGACGACCAGGCCAGGCCGAACCUCUGCAGGAUAUGCGGCAAGACCUACGCCAGGCCCAGCACGCUCAAGACGCAUCUCAGGACGCAUUCCGGGGAGAAGCCGUUCAGAUGUCACGCCUGCUCCAAAGCGUUCAGUCAGGCGGCGAAUUUGACGGCUCAUGCUAGAACGCAUUCAGGGGAAAAGCCCUUCCGAUGUCCCGUCUGCGACAGAAGAUUUUCCCAGAGCAGCUCUGUCACUACGCAUAUGAGAACACAUUCCGGGGAACGCCCGUACAGGUGUCGAUUCUGCAAGAAAGCCUUUUCGGACAGUUCCACCCUGACGAAACACUUGCGAAUACACUCGGGCGAAAAGCCGUAUCAGUGUAAAUUGUGCUUGCUAAGAUUCAGCCAAAGCGGAAACCUCAACAGGCACAUGCGAGUCCACGGCGGCUCUCUGACGUGACAAAGUACAACCCUCUGCAUGAUGGGAGCUGAAUCAUUACCACAGUGCUGUCGAAUACCUGUCAUUCGACUCGAGACGAGCUUACAACGAAAAUAGUAGAAACCUCCAACGCAACGACGUCUCACCCUAUCGGGAGGAGCCUCUUUCACUCGAGGCUGCGUGAUGACGUUUGAUUUUUUAGAAAAAUAAAUAAAAACGAAACGAAAUUUUUCUUCCAAAGAGAAAAAGAAACGAGAAACUGAUGUCGCAGAACACGGCGAUUAUUGUUUUUUACAAAGUAAAGCGCGCGCGCGCGUGCCGCGAGUUUACUUUUCAUUAGCCAAAAGUUGCUUCGACAUUUGCUCAGUGUUUAGAAUUCGUUUGGAGAGGAAUGUUUGCUUCGAUCAAAUCUACGAUAAAUUCUAAAACGAAAAGAAACAAUGUGAAACUAGUCCAAAGUAUCAAAGAAUAAACAAUUUGUGAAUAUAUUUAAAAAAAAAAAAAAACAAAAUCAAACCAAAAGAGGAGGAUGGGUGAAACGAUUUAGAUAACAGACCUGCGGCAUUCAUACACCACAGCACCGUUGAUUAUUGUACAAAUAUUGUAUUUAUUAUAAUUAUUAUUAUUAAUUAUAAUUAAUAUUAAUGUUGCUGUUUUCGCCACUUUCAAUUCUCAUCUUACGUGGCUUUUUACUCAUCGCCGACUUUAAACUUUUUUUUUCAUUAUUAUUUUUACUCUCUGAAUUUCUCUUAGUCAAAUCCGCGUUACUUCUUAUUUUGUUACCACUCUUCGUCGACUUUUUCGUUUCGCGCAUCUCAUAUAUCCCUAUAUUGCAUUAAAAACGUAAUGACAUCUCGACAUCGCUUAGAUAAAAUAAAACGCAAACGAGACAUACAUGUUUCAAUAUUCGUAGCGAAAAAGUCAAGGAACCAACUGUAUAUUUUUUGUAAAAAAGAUUACUUUUUAUUUCUUAAACGGCCAUAAUAAAUGACACGGAGUAUCUCGAAUUUCGUUCGUAUAUCUCGUGAAUCGUACAAUAAUUUUAACGUAGAAGAAAUAGCGGAAUAUGGAAAGUUGGAGAGGACAGGGAGGAGAGAUAAGAAGGAGAUCUUUUCUAUCGAGGUUGUAUUUUUCAAUCUUGAUUCUCAUCGAUGCAUCAUGAUUUCAUUGUCUACAAUUAAUUUGUCUCAUUCUCUCGAUUUUUUGUCCACUUUUUAUAAUCGAAAAUUCAAAGAAUAAACUCACGUUUUUAA